AUGCGUUCCUCAAAAAUCAACAAAGCAACUGGUAUCGAUCAUCCUGAUUCUUCUAAACAUCAGAAGACUUUAGAAUGGCCUUGUGUUCAAUGUUCAUACAUAAAUUCAACAGACUACAAACUAUGUAUAAUGUGCGGAAUAGGUAAACAAUCUCAGUCGUUACAAGCAGAAUAUAAUAAGAAUAAUGACUUAAUAGAUAAAGAUUCAAUCAAACAACAAGAUAUAUACAACUCUAACACAAAUAGCAAUAACUCCGAUGAUAAAAAACAAUAUGAAAAUACUACAAUUAUUACAAGUGAGGUAAAUUGGACUUGUGGUAAAUGUACACUUGAAAAUGCACCUUCUAUCAAUAUAUGUGAAGUAUGUGGUGCUAGUCGAGCUUUUUCAGGAAUAGACGCGCCCGUUAAGGUAUCAGCUUCAGAUAUUACGGAAGAAAUAAACGUACAACCAUCAAUCAAUAAUACAGCUAUUUCUACCGACAAUGCUUGUUCCAUUGAAUGUUAUGUUCCUGAAAAAACACGAAUACACGAAAAAUACGAAUCAAAACAUCAACAGUUAAUAGAAUGGGGUUGUAGUGAAUGUACAUAUAUAAAUUCAAUAAAUGAUAGGAUAUGUGUUAUGUGUAAUGAUGGAAAACAACCAGAAGCGUUACAAUCAGCUAAUAACAUCUACAUCGAUAACAAGUCUCCAGAUUCAAGAAACAAACAAAUGUCAGUUGAACAACAUGAUAGAAAAGUUAACAGUCAAACAAAAGAGAAAAGUGUUUCUGACAAACAAAAUGAAUAUACUAACAAUAUUACUACCGAUAGUAAUUAUAUAUCUCAGCAAUCAUCCUAUGAACAAUGUAAUAUUAUUCCUACAAAUGAACAAGUCUCUCCUUAUCCUGAAAAUAAACCCAUAUCUGGAGCAUCUCAUAUAUGUUCAAUUCCUCAAACUAUCAGAGACGAUGAUAAAGAUGAAAAAGUGUAUAUUAUUGAUUUACCACAUAAUACACCUGAUGAAAUACUUGAAGAAGCAAUUCGUUCACGUCUUGAUAAGUGUUACAAUAUAAAAGUAAAACAAGUUAAAUGUUAUUCAGUUAUUGGAAUGGGUAUUAUAAUUUUAAAAAACAAUGAAAAGAUCAAUUUAUUAACUAAAAUUCAAAGUAUUUUAUUACCUUUGUCAAGUAAAACAUUUACACUUACAUUUGCUGAAAAACUUGAAUUAGUUUCUUAUAUAGUAUUAGAUUAUAACAACAAACAAAAAAUAGUAUCAAAUGAAGAAAUAAAACAGAAAUGGAUUAAUAUGUUCCCA